ACAUAGAGAUGGGCCGACAGGUGACGGGUGCGGCCAAUCCGACGGUACUGUAUGUGAGCGGAGGUAACACUCAAGUGAUUGCUUACAGUCAUCGGCGGUACCGUAUAUUUGGCGAAACGCUGGACAUCGCUGUCGGCAACUGUUUGGACCGAUUCGCCCGAGUCUUGAAAUUAUCUAACGAUCCGAGUCCUGGCUAUAACAUCGAGCAAAUGGCCAAAAAGUGAGUCAUGUUUUGUCAUUGUUUGAGACCAACACUCACUGACCAGAUGUCUGUCUCACCCGAUAUAGGGGUCAGAAGUAUUGUGCGCUUCCGUAUGUCAUCAAAGGCAUGGAUAUGUCGUUUUCGGGUCUCCUGUCGUUCAUAGAAAAAAGGGCCGAACAGUGGAUCCAAAGCGGGGAAUACACGGCCGAAGACCUGUGCUAUUCAUUACAGGAGACGGUGUUCUCGAUGCUGAUCGAGACCACAGAGCGGGC